AUGAGAGACAGCAGUACCGGCCGGUCGCGAGGAUUUGGUUUUUUGACUUUCAAGGACGCCAAGACAGUCAACAUCGUCAUGGUCAAGGAGCAUUUCCUUGAUGGCAAGAUCAUCGACCCUAAACGUGCCAUUCCCCGAGACGAACAAGAGAAGACGAGUAAGAUCUUCGUCGGAGGUGUCAGCCAGGAAACCACCGAUCAAGAAUUCAAGGAAUACUUUGCACAGUUCGGCCGCGUCGUAGAUGCAACUCUUAUGAUGGACAAAGAUACCGGUCGUCCACGAGGAUUCGGGUUUGUGACGUUUGAAAAUGAAGCCGGCGUCGAUGCCUGUAUCAACGUACCACUAGAAAUUCACGGAAAACCCAUCGAGGUCAAGAAAGCCCAGCCUAGGGGCAACCUUCGAGAAGAGGAAGAGGCAUCACGACGCGGCAAGUUUAGGAAAGACGGCGACCAGUCAAGCCAGGGCUCCAUGGGCCAACAGAUGGGCAACAACGGCAUGACACCCCAAGUCAUGGCCCAAUACUUUCAACGCAUGCAACAGUAUUUCGCUAUGAUGCAGUCACAAAUGGCCAUGAGCCGAGGAAUGCCCAUGAACCCAGCCAUGUGGCAGAACAUGAUGCAGAUGCAACAGAUGCAACAACAGAUGAUGGGUCGAGGAGGCGGCGGUGCUAAUGCUCAGAACAUGAUGCAGAACAUGAACCCACAGAUGAUGCAGCAGAUGCAACAAAUGCAGCAACAGAUGAUGCAACAGCAGGGCCAGCAAGGUGGUCAAGACGCUGCUUCCGGCAGUGCUAGUCCCACUGCCUCUGCCAGCGGCGGUGGUGGUCGGGGAUACGACAAUAACAACUACAAUCAAUACCAACAAGCUCAAGGAGGUCGUCGUGGGGGCCGUGGAGGCUACGGCGGUCAUGGAGGAGGUCAUGGAGGCUAUGGUAUGGGUGGAGGAGGGGGCGCCCCUACUUCAUGGGAGGGCAUGUACGACGACGUUCCUCAGCCAAACUCCCAAGGCUCAGGUGGCUUUAACCGUGCUGGCAGUGCCAGUGCGAACUCUGACCCGCAGCAUGCACCACCCGCCAAUGCGCCUACAGGACCCAAAAACGCCGGUAAACCUGGAGCUAAUUACCGUGGUGGAGGACGGGGUGGAAACCGCGGCUUUCACCCUUACUCACGAUAA